AUGUCAAACCCCAGACCAAGUUCAUCAACCCAAUCACCAGCGGAAAACCAACAAAUUUACGAUUAUCAUUCACAGUCAAAGAUGGCACAACAAGCUCAACAGCCUCAAAAAAGUCUCUGGGACCGUGAACCAGCCGAUGUCGCAAAUAUGCCACCAGCAUACACGCAAGAAUACGAAUACAAGGCGCCAGCUCAACCUCAACAGCCUCAAAAAAGUCUCUGGGACCGUAAACCAGCCGAUGUCGCAAAUAUGCCACCAGUAUACACUCAAGAAUACGAAUACAAGGCGCCAGCUCAACCUCAACCUACGUACCUAAUGACUGAUGGGAAGGGAGGGCCGAGGGAAGUGGUAUAUGUUCAGCAACAAAAGGUCGAGAAGAAACAUAACGAAGAUGAUGUCGCUUUGGGAUGUGCGGCAGGUUGCAGUUGUUGUGGUUGCAGCGUGAUGUGA